CACGUGUGACCUGACCCCAGACUCCAGGGUCCACCUCCUGCAUGUUAAAGACCCCUGACCUAUGAACACACACAACCACAGGUUGCCAUGGGGCAGCCGCUCUGACCGCCAGGGACAACCCCGCCGUAGGCCACGCCUUGAAGUGGAGGAAGCGCUUUUGUGCUUGGACGGCCUGGGGCCACCGGGCCUGCGGACCCGGUAACCCAUCACCAGGCUCGGUGAGGGGACAGGGAAAGGGGCACCCGUUCUCGCUCAGCCCUACGCCCAGAGACCCCCUCCCCUCCUGAGCCCGGCUCCUCACUCCCCGCCCCACCGCGCGCGCAUGCCGACACGCAGCAACGAAGCCCGAGAGCGGCGCAGCCGUACGGGUGCCUGGUGCGCCGGGCCCGUAAGCGAGAAGGCGGGUAGGGCCGGCGACUGGGGACAGCGCCGAACAAGGAGCCCCCGCCUCCAACACGUGAUCUCUGGCGGACCCGCCACCUUCGGCGCACGCGCACGCCCCAGCGUCGGCCAGCUCCACGCCAGUCUGCGCGAGCGCAGCGCCGUUGACGCAUGCGCGCUGGCGUGGUGCGAGGCGGAUAGCCUUCGGAGCUCCCCAGGUCGCGUCCCCAGACUCCUGGCACCGACCCCGGCGUGCCGAGGGCCUGGAAGGCCGGCCCGCGAGGCGCGUUCCGGGAGGGCGCUCUGAACGGGGCUCCCGGAGGAAAGGGGCCUCCCGGAGAGGGGCCCUGGAAACGUUCGCAGGCUGCCUCCGUUUGCAGGUCUAUCUCGUGCACUGCUUAGAACACAUUCUGUAAAGGAGGAAGCUGAUGUGAACAGGCUAAGGGACGUAUCCGAGGUCGUCCAACUCAGGAACCGUCGGACGGGGCGGAGGCCGGACGUUUAGGAGUCUUCCAGAGGGUCCUCCCAGCAGCAGGUGAACAGGAGCGUUAGGCCAUGCUGUUGCUGGCUCAGGCACCCAAGGCUUGGCACAGGCUCUUUCAGCUCAAGCCUCCAGCCCUUCCUAGGACCCCAGGAGGAGAGGCCCAGCAUGUGAGGUGCAGGCUCCUAUCAAGGCAGGGCCCUGCAGAGACGGGAAGGCAGGACCAGCCCCAGGGCCCUGGGCUACGAACUAGGUUGCUGAUCACAGCCUUGAUUGGGGCUGGGCUGGGUGGGGUGUGGCUGGCCAUGAGGGCCGAGAAGGAGCGGUGGCAGCAGCGACGACGGACAGAGGCCCUGCGCCAAGCUGCCGUGGGCCAGGGUGACUUCAGCCUGCGGGAUCACCGGGGCCAGGCUCGCUGCAAAGCUGACUUCCGGGGCCAGUGGGUGCUGAUGUACUUCGGCUUCACUCACUGCCCUGACAUCUGCCCCGAGGAACUGGAGAAGCUGGUGCAGGUGGUGCGGCAGCUGGAGGCGGAGCCUGGCCUGCCCCCCGUGCAGCCCCUCUUCAUUACCGUGGACCCCGAGCGGGAUGACGUGGCGGCCAUGGCCCACUACGUGCAGGACUUCCACCCCAGGCUGCUGGGCCUGACCGGCUCUGCUGAGCAGGUUGCCCAGGUGAGCCGCAGCUACCGCGUGUACUACAGCGCCGGCCCCAAGGACGAGGACCAGGAUUACAUCGUGGACCAUUCCAUCGCCAUCUACCUGCUCAACCCUGACGGCCUCUUCACAGACUACUACGGCAGGGCCAGGUCGGCCGAGCAGGUCGCAGACAGCGUGCGGCGCCACAUGGCUGCCUUCCGCAGCGUCCUGCACUGAGCUGGGUCAUUAAAAGGAUGUG